CGGCCGGGACUCGUGCGUGAGGCCGCCCGCCGCCCGGGCCGCCACCAUGUUCGACAAGGCGCGGCUGCCGUUCGUGGCCCUGGACAUGCUGUGCGUGCUGCUGGCUUCCAUGCCUAUGACUGUUCUAAAUUUGGGCCAAAUGUACCCAUUUCAGAGAGGCUUUUUCUGUAAAGACAACAGCAUCCAGUAUCCGUACCAUGACAGUACCAUCACAUCCACUACGCUCGUCGUAGUGGGGCUUGGCUUACCCAUGCUCUCUAUGAUUGUCGGAGAAGCCCUGUCUGUCUACUGUAACCUCUUGCACUCGAAUUCCUUUAUCAGGAAUAACUACGUAGCCACUAUUUACAAAGCCAUCGGAACAUUUUUGUUCGGUGCGGCCGCCAGUCAGUCCCUGACCGACAUAGCCAAGUACUCGAUAGGCAGACUGCGGCCUCACUUCUUGGACGUCUGCGACCUCGACUGGUCCAAGAUCAACUGCAGCGAUGGCUACAUUGAGUACUACGUGUGCCGAGGGAACGCGCACAAAGUGAAGGAGGGCAGGCUGUCCUUCUACUCGGGCCACUCCUCGUUCUCCAUGUACUGCAUGCUCUUCGUGGCGCUCUACCUUCAGGCCAGGAUGAAGGCAGACUGGGCGAGACUCCUGCGGCCCACGCUGCAGUUUGGCCUCGUGGCCGUGUCCAUCUAUGUGGGCCUUUCUCGCGUCUCCGAUUACAAACACCACUGGAGCGACGUGCUGACGGGACUGGCGCAGGGAGCCCUGGUUGCAGUGCUAGUGGUUGUGUAUGUAUCAGAUUUCUUCAAGGAGAAACAUUGUUUUAAAGAAAGAAAGGAGGAGGAUUCCCACACGACUCUGCAUGAAACACCCGCAGCCGAGAACCACUUGCGGAACAGUCACCAGCCCUGAAGGGGCCCCGGGCCCAGUGGAGCCGGCUGCUCCCGAGGGAGAACAAGCGAUGCCAUGUGGCCCUGCACGAGCCCGGAAGGACUGCGGCUGCACCUUGGACGCUCACUUGACCUGUGUGUAUAUAGUUACUCAACACAGCAGCUGUCUAAUAGCUCAAAGUUCAUGAAAAAAUUCCAAGCCUUUCACUAAAGCAAUGCCUCACUUGUACUUUUCUAUUAAAGACGGAUGCUCAUGUA